UUGCAAGUUUACGGGUCACCAGACAUACACUUGUAGUUGCCUUAGUGAGUCUUACUACGGCUUCAACUGCCAGUAUUUCAACCAAUGCUUAGACCAGCCGUGCCAGAAUUCUGGUACCUGCUUGGCACUCGACGACGGAAGUUACCGGUGUGACUGUCCCUCGGGAUUCACAGGUGACAAAUGCCAGCAUGUAUCAGGUGACCAGUACAAAUGUGAAUGCCUUGUAGGUUACUACGGUGACAGGUGUGAAAAUAUGAAUGCUUGUCUUCUAGAGAAUGAGCCAUGCAGUUAUCAAGGCACUUGCAUACCGGUUGGAGACAGUUUUACCUGCGCGGUGAGUUUUACAUCAGUAUGCCCUCCCGUAGCAACCGGCGACAGGUGUAAGUACCUCGACCCUUGCUACUUGCAGCCCUGCCUCAGCAGUGGCAACUGUACCAACGGUCCUAUUCCAGGCACGUAUGUGUGUCAGUGCUUGCCAGGUUUCCAUGGCAACGAAUGUCAACAUAAGAACCACUGUUUUGGAGUGAACUGCAACAACGGACAGUGUAAGCUAGACUCUGCACAAAAUAUACGAUGUGAGUGUCGUAAUGGCUUCUACGGACAGAACUGUGACAGAUUCGACGUGUGCCUUACUUCUCCGUGCAAAAACCAAGGGACGUGUACUAGCACAGGCCCUACAGUAGACAAGAGAAACAUGUCCCGCUGCAUCUGUCAAGACGGUUACUACAUGGACGAUUGCUCAGCUUUUAAUCCGUGCUCUAGACACGAGUGCCAGAACGGGGCAAGCUGUCAGAAUGUCAGCCAAGAAAACUUUACCUGUCAGUGUCAGGAGAACUGGCUUGGAGAACUCUGUCAAGUGGAAAGUCCGUGCGCUCCUAGGAAAGACCCUUGUAGGAAUGGCGGAGACUCUACCACUUACAUGCCUGAUAUAUCUGUUAACCCAGUGAUAAUACUUUCAAACAGAUGUCAAGUUGUGGACUUGCAAGCACCUGGCCCGACAACCCAAGCGUCCAUAGAAACCUACUCAUUACAAUGCGAGUGCAAGAAAGGAUUCACGGGGAAAAACUGCCAGAUCAAUGACCCUUGCAUAUCUUCACCUUGUGUUCAUGGUGACUGUCAAGUUGAUGGUGAUAGUGGCGACGACGAUGCAGAUGAUCUCUCAGUACUAGAUAGUGUCCAGUAUGUUUGCUCUUGCUACCAGAACUUUACAGGCAGACAGUGUGAGCUUCCCGUCAACUCUUGCGCUAAUGUUCAGUGUCUAAAUGGAGGACACUGCCGAGAUGGCAUGUGCCUUUGUCCUUCAGGUUUUACAGAUGAGGCCAUGAGAAACCUUCAAAGUUUGCUAGAUGAUACUUCAGAUCCCACUAGGUUGACAGUAGAACAGGUCCUAAAUUUCACAGACCAGCUCGUUGACCUCUACAACCACACGCUUCGCGACCCCAAAUAUGCCUGGACGGCGUUUUGCGUUCUCGGAAACCUGGCCAAAGUAAACGUCUCAGUCUGUGAAGUCGCAGAGAGCACUAACAAAGUAAAUACCAGGUUGCGAGAAUUUCUAGAUAACUACACAUCAGAAGUGAGACUUGAUGACAUUAGUGGGCAGAUUAACAUCACAUCACCAGAGCUGCACGUCAAAGCUGUAGCCGUGCGAAAGUUGCUGGAGGGAGGAAAUGACACGGUGUUAUUUCAGCCAUAUGUCACAGACAACAACACACUUGCAGAGAUCAACCUGGAAAUUAGGAUACCAUCUGAAGUCUUGGCAAACUUGACCAAUGAAUCAACGGACACAAGAAUGCAGUUUGUUGGAUACAAACGGUCCCAGCUGUUCGUCCCAGCUGAGGGUUUUUCUGCGUCUAGUUUCCUACACAGCCAGCCAGUGAUUUCAGCCACGCUCAAAGGCAGGGAGAUCAGGAAUCUGACGCGCCCAGUGGAGAUUCACUUAUUUAACACAACGGUUGGCAGAAACUACACGUGUGUAUUCUGGGAUACUGACGCUUCAAUGUGGUCAAGUGCAGGUCUAACCAUGCGAAACCACGACAGUGAAGGCAUUACAUGCACGUCCAGUCACCUGACCAGUUUCGCUAUUCUGUUGAAUGUCAAUGAAGAACAGACAAUAUCCCAGAAGCAUGAGCUGAUUUUGACCUAUCUAACUUACAUCGGCUGUGCCAUCUCCACCAGCUGUCUCUUGUUUACUAUCAUCACUUAUGCCAUGUUCAAGUGUUUAAACAAUGAAAAAUCUGGUAAAAUCCUGCUCCAGUUAUGUACGGCACUGCUGUUGCUAAAUGUGACCUUUCUUGCUGCAACAGUGGAUGCCUGUUUGACUGUAGGGAUGUUGCUACACUACUUCGUCUUGGCUUCUCUGAUGUGGAUGUUGGCAGAAGCCGUGGAGAUGUACCAGGCCCUGGUGACUGUGUUUAGCAAGUAUGAGAGGCUCUAUCUCGUCAAAAGAUGCCUUUUGGCAUGGGGAAUCCCAGUUAUCAUCGUGGCUAUCACGGCAGGUGUAUCCAGUGGAAGUUAUUAUGAUGAGAAGGAUAAAAGAAAUUUCUGUUUUCUAACAAGCAAGAGCACGGUUGCCUACUACACGUCGCUUGUUGCUCCUUCUUGUGCAAUCCUCCUGGUCAACAUUUUUGUUUUCAUAAUGGUGGCGAGAGUGAUCCUGAAACCCAAUUUCCAGAUCCGAGGAGCCUUCACCGUUAUGUUCUUGUUAGGGAUCACCUGGGUGUUCGGACCCCUAGCCAUCAACGAGGCACAGACUGCGUUCAGCUAUCUCUUCUGCAUCUGUAACUCGCUUCAAGGAUUUCUCAUUUUUGUUUUCCGGUGUCUGUUUAACCCAGAAGCUAAAAUGGCAUGGAUGCAGCUCUUGUAUAUGGGAACCCUAAAGCGGAAACGAGGACCUAUCAAAUCAGUGUACACGGAUUCAACGUCCAAGGGCGACAACCGUCGUGCUAGUUCCAGUAAUACUAGUGGAUUUCUUGGAAGCAGUACUGCAAGAACUACAGUGAGCAAAUCCGGCAAUGGCUUUCAUCCACACCCACACCAACUACACACCACAAAUGGAUGGCAUCCGAACAUCAACGGCCUAAAGCGAGACAAAACACAAAAAGAAGGAACUGAGAGCUUGAGCUCUCGCGAUUUCUCUUCCUUUCCAGAGCAGAAAAGAAAACUAAGUUCAGAAGAAUCGCCACCCGUAAAACGACAUUCUCUAACGAAUGAAUCAACCGAGACUUUACAAGAUGAGCAGACUCACUUUUAA